GUCCCGGGCUGAAGGAGGCGGCUCCGGGCGGCGCGGAGCGCUGGUGGCUGGCCCGGGCUGCAGCGUGUGCGCGCCCGUCAGCUGCGCCGGAGACACGGAAUUGCCUUUUGUGAAAAAGAAACAAAGAAGAGUUUUCUGCAAGGAUCAUAUUAAGUGCACUUUUUUGCUGAUACAUCAUUUCUAAUCUUAUAGAAAAUUUCAGCUGUAGCCCUUGGACUAGAAGCUGAAAUAAUAGAAGCUGUGUACGAUGCAUUAGGGUAUUGAAGAAAAUUAAUUUUGAAUUAAAUAUUUGGAAUAUAAGGAAGGAAAGGUGACUGAAAAUGGGGCGGAAGAAAAUACAAAUCACACGCAUAAUGGAUGAAAGGAACCGACAGGUCACUUUUACAAAGAGAAAGUUUGGAUUAAUGAAGAAAGCCUAUGAACUUAGUGUGCUCUGUGACUGUGAAAUAGCACUCAUCAUUUUCAACAGCUCUAACAAACUGUUUCAGUAUGCCAGCACUGAUAUGGACAAAGUUCUUCUCAAGUAUACAGAAUAUAAUGAACCUCAUGAAAGCAGAACCAACUCGGAUAUUGUUGAGGGCUGCAGUGGAGCGGCAGGGAAAGGGAAAAAAUAAUGAGACAUCUGAAGACAAGACAAAGCUUCCCUCCGCCUCCAGGCCCCUGCCCUGCUCUUUUAUUCCUAACAGAGCCUGAAGCAGCAGGAUGGUGAUUCACAGGACUUUAAGAAAGAAAGGCCUUAAUGGUUGUGAGAGCCCUGAUGCUGACGAUUACUUUGAGCACAGUCCACUCUCGGAGGACAGAUUCAGCAAACUAAAUGAAGAUAGUGAUUUUAUUUUCAAACGAGGCCCUCCUGGUUUACCACCUCAAAACUUCUCAAUGUCUGUCACAGUCCCUGUGACCAGCCCUAAUGCUUUGUCCUAUACUAACCCAGGGAGUUCACUUGUGUCCCCGUCUUUGGCAGCCAGCUCAACAUUAGCCGAUUCAAGCAUGCUGUCUCCACCUCAAGCCACGUUACACAGAAAUGUGUCCCCUGGAGUCCCUCAGAGACCACCAAGUACUGGCAGUGCAGGUGGGAUGUUGAGCACUUCAGACCUCACAGUGCCAAAUGGAGCCGGAAGCAGCCCAGUGGGGAAUGGAUUUGUAAACUCCAGAGCUUCUCCAAAUUUGAUUGGAACUACUGGUGCAAACAGUUUAGGCAAAGUCAUGCCUACAAAGUCUCCCCCUCCUCCCGGUGGCGGCAAUCUUGGAAUGAACAGUCGAAAACCAGAUCUUCGCGUUGUCAUCCCUCCUUCAAGCAAGGGCAUGAUGCCUCCCCUGUCGGAGGAAGAGGAAUUGGAGUUGAAUACCCAGAGGAUAAGCAGUUCUCAAGCCACUCAACCUCUAGCUACCCCAGUCGUGUCUGUGACCACCCCAAGCUUGCCUCCACAGGGACUGGUGUACUCAGCCAUGCCGACCGCCUACAACACUGAUUACUCACUGACUAGUGCGGACCUGUCGGCCCUGCAGGGCUUCAACUCGCCGGGAAUGCUGUCUCUGGGACAGGUGUCGGCCUGGCAGCAACACCAUUUAGGACAAGCAGCCCUCAGCUCUCUGGUUGCUGGAGGGCAGUUAUCUCAGGGUUCGAAUUUAUCCAUUAAUACCAACCAAAACAUCAACAUUAAGUCAGAACCAAUUUCACCUCCCCGGGAUCGAAUGACCCCGUCAGGCUUCCAGCAGCAGCAGCAGCCGCAGCCGCAGCCCCCCCAGCCCCCCCAGCCCCGGCAGGAAAUGGGGCGCUCCCCCGUGGACAGUCUGAGCAGCUCGAGCAGCUCCUACGACGGUAGUGACCGGGAGGAUCCGCGGGGCGACUUCCACUCUCCCAUUGUGCUUGGCCGACCCCCGAACAGUGAAGACAGAGAAAGCCCUUCUGUAAAGCGAAUGAGGAUGGACGCGUGGGUGACCUAAGGCUUCCAGGCUGGUGUUUGUACGUGGCGUUACUGCAGUGAACUGCCCUACAUAUCUAAAUUGGUAAAUAAGGACAUGAGUUAAAUAUAUUUAUAUGUACAUACAUACAUAUAUAUCCCUUUAUAUAUAUAUAUGUAUGUGGGCGUGAGUGUGUGUAUGUGUGGGUGUGUGUCACAUACGGAAUCAGGCACUUACCUGCCUCGUAGAUCUGCAGAUGUGCGUCCCAUGGCAAACAAAGCACCCUGUAGGCGGAGUCUAGUCUGGCACUUCCUUGGACUACUUGUUUCAUAAGAUAACCAGUUUUUGCAGAGAAACGUGUACCCAUAUAUGAUUCUCCCACACUAGCUUGCAGAAACCUAGAGGGCCCCUACUUGUUUUAUUUAACUGUGCAGUGACUGUAGUUACUUAAGAAAAAUGCUUUGUAGAACAGAGCAGUAGAAAAGCAGGAACCAAGAAAGCAAUACUGUACAUAAAAUGUCAUUUAUAUUAAUUACCCAGCCUGGCAUGGGUCUCUGUUGCAGAGGGGUGCAUGGGAAGGGCUGUUGAUAUUUUAAAAAACAAAACAAAAAAGCCCCACACAUAACUGUUUUGCACGUGCAAAAAUGUAUUGGGUCAGAGAAGUGAUCUUUAGCUAAUAAAAAAGAGAGAGAGUAGAAAACACGCAUGAGAUAUUCAGAAAAUACUAGCCUAGAAAUAUAGAGCAUUAACAAAAUAAAUUAAUAUAUUAAGUUAUAAUUGGACUAUGUCAGAAGUUUCUUUUUACAUUCAUAUCUUAAAGAAACUGAUUUUAGCUCAUGUAUAUUUUAUAUGAAAGAAAAGAAAACACCCUUAUGAAUUGAUGACUAUAUAUAAAAUUAUAUUCACUACUUUUGAACACAUUCUGCUAUGAAUUAUUUAUAUAAGCCAAAGCUGUAUGUUGUAACUUUUUUUUUAAGAGAAUAGCUUUAUCUUGUUUUAACUUUUUAGUUUUAUUUUAAGAGGGGAAAAAAAAACAAAACAAAAAUAUCUUGCAAGCAGAACCUUGGAAAAAAAAAGCCAUGAACACUUAUUAUUCUAUAUGUAAAUUAAAAGUUGAGCCAAACUCUUUGUGUAUAUAGCAUCUUAAAUAUAUUAUCACCUUUGAUGUAAGUACCUAUGUAUUGUAUGGUCACCAGAUUAAAAAGUAUAUUUUUGUGGAUUGCCGCCAAUUUGGGGGGAAAAGGCGAGAUCCUUAUCAAGUAGAGUAUUCACUGUUUAAUAUUUACUAUUUUGUUAAAUAUACUGUACUUUGGAUUUUAAUUAUUAGCCCAGUCUUUUUCGGAGGAUUGUAUAAAGGGGUUUCUCCCCUCACUGGUGGUGAAUGUGUGAUGUUACAUUGUAAUCUUUGUGCUGUAUGGGUUGAGCAUCAUUAUAUAUUUUAUAUGUGUACAUAAAUAGCAAAGUGGCAAAAAAAAACUGGUGUUAAGUUCAUCUUGCAUAAAUAUAAAAUGUGUUGUAACAGAUUUUAUAAGGCAUUAUUUAAAACUUGCCUUUUGUGAGGAAAAAAAUAUAGUAGAAAAAGCUGACCUAACUUAAUAUUAGAGAUCAUGGCAAAAUAGUAGAUGAGCACAAAGGUUUUAUAAGUGGUAAAUGAUUAGGGAGAAAUAAUUUUGGGGGGAAGGGAUCUUUUCUUCCUUGACCCUCUAAAAUAGAAUGAUGCAGCUGGUUACAAAAUCCUACCAUCCUGAACUCUCUGUGCAGUGAAAUGACACUUUGGUGUGGGGAGAAAUUCUCUCGUGGGCAGAUCCUUGGCACGGCCUGCCGUCCUAAUGGAGCCCGUGCCGCACUCAGCUUAGCUUCUGAACAAGGCCUUACUCCUCCUGCAGGAAGACAGCGAAGGCGUGAUAGCAGGUUCGUGCGUUUCCUGGGCUUGUGCCACAAACAAAAUUCAAAGUCCUGUAUAUCUUUUAUCAUAGAUUUUUUAAAUACUCCCUUUCCUGAGAAACUCAAAAUAAGGGUUUAAGAGUUGCUGCUAUUUUGUAUUUUACACUUAAUAUUGAGCAGCUACCUACAGUUUUUACUUAUGUUUUGCUUUUCCCCCUAAAUUGCCUUCCUUUUGACAAUUUCCUCAUAAUGCUAUUUGUGACAAAUCAUCAGCCAGGUUUCCUGACUGACACAUAGGUAUUAGGUACAGGAUAAACCUGUGGCGUUCACAACUAAAAAAAAAUGGAAUUCUGUUUUAAUUUUUGAUAGAGGCCAAAAAAGGGAGGGUGAUGUGCCGUCUCCUCUCGUCAGUAUAGACAUUUGGCUCGUCCUCAGAAAGGAUUAGUUUUUCGUUAAAAUGUACUUCUUUUACUGAACUACAUACAGGCACAUUUCUUCAUAAGGUCACACUUAAUUGAAACAAGACAGUCUCCCAACACUGAAUUUCCAAGAUGAUCCUUACCACUUUGUAAACCAUUUAUAGCUUUGAAAGUGUUAAGUGAUUCUUUCGUUAUUAUUUAUGCAUGUUCAUGAACUUCUGCUGUACAUUGGAAUAGGAGUUAACACAUUCACAUUUACUGUCUAUUUUCUUGUGUGCCUUAUGAGAUGGCUUUUCUGACUGUAUCUCAAUAGUCUUUCUUUCUAUGCAGGUUUAUAAUCAGUACAACUACUGUUUUCUAAAAUAAUAGUACACAAGGCUCGGAGUUUGUAUUUCAAUUACACUGACCAAGUAACAAUGUAUUCCGUUUUCAGGAAGUGAAUAUUUGACUGUUAACCCUCUUCCUGUAUGCCCAGUGUGACGUGGAGCAUACGGACUUGACAGACACCCCUCACCCAGACACCAUGUACAAACACAUACACAUGCACAUCUCCUGGUGGAAACCAACUCAGAGCGGGGAAGACACGAAUGGUGUUUCUUUAGAACCGACUUUUCUUACCGUUUUAGACUCAUGUGUUUUGUAUGACACCAUCACAAGAAAAUUUUAUCCUUCAGAUGAAGUAUUUUAUUACUAAAAGACAAAAACAAAAAAAGCUUAGAGUACACCGCACUGGUUGAAGUACAGUUUCCCUCCGUGCGCCGCCCGGCACGACACUGAGAGCAGAGCCACCAUCGUAUGUCUGCAGAUGGUCCCGAUCAAAACUCCAUCUUUUGAGCCCUAAUUCUGUCCAUUGUGUUCGAGACUAAAUCAGGGGUUUGUUCUAAAAGAACAGUAUAUGUUUUACCAUUUCCUUUACCUAUAAGGACAGCUAACAAAGCAUUAACAUAUUUUCUUGAUUAACCAUCAUGCGCACAAGAAAUACAUAGUAAAUAAGGAACCAGAAAACUCCUGGCGUCGGAUCAUGAGAAGCUAGAUGAGUAGAAUGUGAAAAAGAUUUUACAAAUGUAAAACUUUUAUUUCUCUGUAGAAACUUUCUUCACUUUGCUGUGCAAGAAGACACUGCUUUGCUAUAUUUAAAAUGGCUUUUUUAAAAAGAGAUUUAUGUAUUUGGUAAAUGUUUGUAGUCAACAGUUCACACAAGAAGCUGUACACGGUUUGAUCACGUAAAACCGUUUGGCGGCACAAGCUGGACUUUGUUGCCAUCCUUGAGAUGAACCUUUUAAGAAAAAUAAGUUAAUCUCAAUUUUUCCCUGAAUGUGUUGUUUUUUCUUCAUUAUACAAUAAAUAUUAUAGUGAACUUUUUAUCAAAUGGUUAAGAAAAUGCUAGAGGUUGUUGUAAACUAUUUGUAUCCUGCACUCACUACAGUAAAGACGGACUGGCUUUUCCUGUGUA